CAACUGCUGGCCAAAGAAGCGAAGCCACCAUGGCGGCCGCCGCUGACGACGACGAGCUUCGCCGGCGGGCGGCGGCGCUCCGGGAGGUAUUCGGCGACUCAUCGGACAGCGAGGCCGACGACCUUCCCGUUGGCGGGGCGGGCCGGGAGCAGUGGAGGUGGGAGGCGGUGGAGGGGGUGAGGGGGCUAUGGCUCUGCGCCGCCUUCCUCUCCGCCGACGAGCAGUCGCGCCUACUCACGGCGAUCCGGCGAGAAGGAUGGUUCAGCGAUGCACGCAACCAAGCAAUGAGAUUUGGUGAUCUUCCUUCAUGGGCUGUUGAGCUUUCUGCGCUUAUCCAUGAGGCUAUUUGUUUUGGUGAUGUCCGUGUUGGUUGUGGUUUGGAGUUGAAAAAUGAGGACGAAGAUGCAUGUCCUUUACCAUCAGAUUUGCUGUGGAGGAAACCGCUUUUUGACCAAAUGAUCGCAAACAGAUACGAGCCAGGUGAGGGCAUCUGUGCUCAUGUUGAUCUGAUGCGCUUUGAUGAUGGAAUCGCGAUAGUCUCCCUUGAGUCACCAUGCGUGAUGCACUUCAGUCGGGCAGAACAAGAAGUUCCUAUCUGUGAGACACUGGAGAGUGUGCAUGCUGAACCUACAAAGAUCCCUGUCUACCUGAACCCAGGGUCCCUUGUUCUCAUGUCAGGCGACGCGAGAUACUUAUGGAAACAUGAGAUAAACCGCAAGCCAGGUGCUCAGCAAUGGGGUGGCAGGGAGCUUGAGCAGCAGAUAAGAACUUCAAUUACACUGAGGAAGCUCCUUCCAUCACCAAACUAAUACCAGCAGAACAGUUGUCAGGAAAUUUCUCCAGUUUUUUUGUUCCGAGCCAUCUUUACUGUCAUAGAGUUCACCUUCUUUUUGAGAUGUUGAUGCUUACGAGAUUAUGAUCAAAUUUGGGCACCUAAAUGGUUAGGUGUCUCUGUUAGCUUGUGAUCAGAUUUUUGUACUUCUGGUUAAGUUGGAAACCCCAACAUCGUUUUAUUUCUUCCUGCUGUUUUUGUUUUCUGCCUGUAUCGAACAACCUUUAUGCUUUGUUAGUAAAGCUGGGCGAAAGCCUUUGAUCUAAAAAAAAAAAUGGGCACCUAAAUGGUUGGCAUCUUUGAGAAU